GAGAGAGAGAGAGAGAGAGAGAGAGAGAGAGAAGAAGAAGAAGAAGCUGGAAGCCGACCCCACGCCUCAGUCAUCAAUGGGGUUUCCUCUCUCCUAUAAUAUGGCAAAUUGAUGCAGAGGAAUUUGAAUUUACCCUCCAUGGUUUCUUUCUUUUGUCCUCUUGUACAUUAUUUGCACUUACUCAGUCCACGUAUUCAUCCGCAGCAGUCAGUGUCCCGUAUACCUGCUGGAUCUCUCUCGGGCGGUCACCAUCUUUGGUUGGUGCUCUGCAAGAGUCCAUGGCGAUGGACUCCCUACCCCAACCUUCGCCACUUAUGCAUUGAUGACACCUCAAGUGGUAGACAAUGUCUCCUCGUGGAUCCGUGGAGUCAGUUUCCUGCCCACUCUGCACGGAGGGAAGUUUCAAAAUGGAAAAGGUUACUGUCUGCGAGUCCCUUUAGUUCCUGUUGGUGUGUGUGAAAACUGAAAGCAAGGUAUGAUCAUCUUCCCAUAAGUCGCUUUACUGCUACUUGGUCAUUUGGAAACCGUUAGUCAGGGGAUUCUGCACUGACAAGAAGUUGCACUUUCCCUCGUUGACAGUGAAUUCUUCUACAGUUAGUGCCACCGGCUACAAGCGAGAGAAAAAGAGAGAGAGAGAGGUUUGUGUAUCGGGAAAUUUUGGUAAGAACCAGAAGAGAUCAAAAAUUGAAGAACCAUGGAGGUGGAUAAGAAUGUGAUUGACAUAGAGAAUGAGGUGUUGGCAAAAUCAAAGAACAUGGACGGGUUGGAGUCUGGGUUCCCCGUAAUGGGUAGUCUGAGGGAGCCUCUGCUUGUACAUAGGCGGAACACGACAUCACAGUUAGCCAUUGUUGGAGCCAAUGUCUGCCCUGUCGAGAGCCUGGAUUACGAGAUUGUGGAAAAUGAUGUAUUCAAAGAAGAUUGGAGAUCAAGAAAGAAGGUGCAAAUAUUUCAAUAUGUUGUUCUCAAGUGGACUCUGGCUCUUCUCAUUGGCUUGGGUACUGGGCUUGUUGGCUUCUUCAAUAAUCUAGCAGUUGAAAACAUUGCAGGGUUUAAGCUACUUGUAACAAAUAAUCUCAUGCUUCGGGAAAGGUAUCUAUUGGCUUUCUUUGCUUAUGCUGGUUGCAAUCUGGUUUUGGCAGCAUUAGCUGCUGCUAUUUGUGCAUAUAUAGCACCGGCUGCAGCUGGUUCUGGUAUUCCAGAAGUCAAGGCUUAUCUAAACGGUGUAGAUGCUCCUUCUAUUCUUGCACCUAGCACACUUUUUGUAAAGAUCAUUGGUUCCAUAUUUGGAGUGUCAGCAGGUUUUAUUCUUGGUAAGGAAGGCCCCAUGGUGCAUACAGGUGCCUGUAUUGCUUCAUUACUCAGCCAGGGUGGAUCACGUAAAUACCAUUUGACAUGGACUUGGCUUCGCUAUUUCAAGAACGACAGAGAUAGGCGUGAUUUGGUCACUUGUGGUGCAGCAGCUGGUGUUGCUGCAGCUUUUCGUGCUCCUGUAGGUGGUGUCCUCUUCGCCCUUGAAGAGGCAGCUUCAUGGUGGAGGAGUGCACUGCUUUGGAGGACUUUCUUCGCAACAGCAGUUGUCGCAGUUGUGCUUCGUGCAUUUAUUGAAUAUUGUGGUAGUGGAAAUUGUGGUCUAUUUGGGAAGGGAGGACUAAUAAUGUUUGAUGUGAGCACCGCUGAAGUGCGGUACAGCAUGGUCGAUCUGUUGCCCAUCAUUAUCCUUGGCAUAAUUGGCGGUGUUCUUGGCAGCCUGUACAAUCAUCUCCUAGACAAGAUCCUCCGUAUUUAUAGCUUCAUCAAUGAGAAAGGACCAUUGUACAAAAUCCUUCUCACAUGCACCAUAUCUGUCAUCACAUCCUGCUGCUUGUAUUGCCUCCCUUGGUUGGCUACUUGUGCCCCUUGCCCAAUCAAUUUGAAGGAGGAAUGCCCAACCAUUGGCCGUUCUGGCAACUUUAAGAACUUCCAAUGCCCUGCUGGCCAAUACAAUGACCUUGCCAGCCUCUUCUUUAAUACCAAUGAUGAUGCCAUCCGGAACCUCUUUAGCUCUGGUACAGACACAGAGUAUUCUAUCCCCUCCCUCCUCCUAUUCUUUGCAGGAAUAUACAGCCUUGGUCUCUUCACUUACGGUGUCGCUGUUCCCUCUGGGCUUUUUAUUCCCGUUAUCCUUGCUGGAGCCUCAUAUGGUCGCUUAGUUGGUACUCUCAUUGGUGGCAUAACAGAUCUUGACCCUGGGCUUUUUGCAUUCCUUGGAGCAGCCUCUUUCUUAGGUGGCACAAUGAGGAUGACAGUGUCUGUUUGCAUCAUCCUCCUGGAGCUCACAAACAACCUCCUAAUGCUCCCCCUGGUCAUGCUUGUUCUUCUCAUCUCUAAGACGGUUGCUGAUGGUUUUAAUCAUGGAGUCUAUGACCAGAUUGUUCGAAUGAAGGGGUUGCCUUACUUAGAAGCCUAUGCAGAGCCUUAUAUGACACACCUAGCUGCUGGAGACGUUGUUUCUGCUCCAUUGAUCACAUUUUCUGGUGUGGAAAAGGUUGGGGAAAUCAUGCACGUCCUCAGGUUCACCAGGCACAGUGGCUUUCCCGUGAUUGAUGCACCACCAUUUGCUGAGGUGCCCGAGCUUUGUGGAUUGGUAUUGAGAUCUCAUCUAUUAGUACUCCUAAAAGCAAAAGUUUUUACGAAGGAAAGGGUGGCAUCAAGGGAUCAGAUAUUCAGAAAGCUUGGGGCUUUUGAUCUUGCAAAGCCAGGUUCAGGGAAAGGUUUGAAGGUGGAAGAUUUGGAUAUCAGCAAUGAGGAAAUGGAGAUGUAUGUGAAUCUUCAUCCCAUAGCAAAUACUUCACCCUACACUGUUGUCGAGACAAUGUCACUUGCAAAGGCGGCUAUUCUUUUUCGGCAACUUGGGCUGCGGCACAUGUGUGUCAUACCCAAGACAUCUGCUAGGCCUCCAGUUGUUGGAAUCUUGACACGACAUGAUUUCAUGCCAGAGCACAUUCUUGGCCUCUAUCCACAUCUUAAACACCGAAAAUAAGCUGGGUUAUCAUCUAAGAUUUGAAACUGCACCAGUACUGGAAAAAGCAUUCGAUAACGAAAGCUGCUUGAUGAAAAUUGCAACCUCGUUUGAGGUCAAACUAGUCAAUCAUUACUGUUGGCUUGAAAGAGAAGAUGUAAUUGGUUAUGCUAUAGGCAGCUUUGAGGGUGGUCGUUGUAUUUUCCAUCUCCUUAUGGAAUGAAAUUCAUCUACUAUUGCAACUUUUUAUGCUAUUAUGGUUCUAGUUGUAUUGAACUCAUUGUCACCAAAUCACAAACUGUGAUUUGUGUUAGAUUCUGUAAUUGCCUUGGAAGAUAACUAGAAAUUUAUUUGUAAACUUUCUGUUUAUGUGAUCAUGCAUGAUAUGGUCUUGCAAUUACACAGACCAUAAUUUCUGUGACGGACCCACAUGUGGGCAGUCGCCCACAUAGUCCCACAAAAUUUAUUUAUUUACAUAUUAAUUCUCUCCAA